AGCAGUACGCCGAUGUUGCCUUACCCAAAGAAGACAGAAGAAGAAGAAAGAUCAGGUUGAGACCUUGAGACGCCAGAGGGGGGCGCUGUUGCACCGCUUCCAUCACCAGCUGCCAUGAGUAAGAUGAAGAAGAACAGUGGGCAGGCAGCUGGUGACAGCCAAAGUGAACCGCUCCCCCCUGCACUCAGUAAACUGGAUCAAACGGAGACAUAACCGGACAGCUCAAAUGUUAGCGUACUCUGUGGUUCUUCCAUUGAAGAGGGGCACGCUUUAGUACUUUGAAUCGACCGUGACACGUGCCCAGGUGUCGUUAUCGGUGCUGCAGAUGGCAAACUGAGUGAACACUGUUGCUUCGAGUUUUAGCAUUAGGCAGCGUUUAGCAAUAACGAGAGCUAGGUAACCUCAGUGUUUACCGUUUCAGCCUGUCACGGGGACAAAUCACCAGGUUGCGGGACACGCUGUAAACAUGGAUGACUUUAACCCAACCACAUCCAAUGCAUUUCAACCAGAGGGCUUCAGUCCGCCAUACAGGAAGAGGAGGACCGUAGAGGAUUUUAACAAGUUUUGCACUUUUGUUCUGGCCUAUGCCGGCUACAUCCCAUAUCCACAAGAGGACUCUCCACUGCGCAGCAGUUCCAGCCCCCCCAACAGUACAGGCAGCACAGCUGACAGUGAUGGCUGGACGCCGGGACCCCCGACCUCUUGCCCCCAGCGCCCCCCUAAGGCCCCCCAAGACAGGAGCAGAAAGCGUCCACCGCCAGGAGCCACUCUGUCCAGCCACACCAAGAAAGAUCAUACAUUUACAGCCAUGCACCCAGACGACCGCCGGAAAGCCGACAAGCUGAAGAAGAAGAAAAGGAGAAAGGAGAGGGAGUAUUCAGGUGGGGAAGAAGGCGGCGUCCAGCAGGCCCACUCAACAGUCCCAGAGCUGCAGUACCACGUCUCCUAUGGUGGCAAAAUGAUCAAAGAAGAGCCAGAAGAUGAUAUCAGCAUUCCCCUCCCUCCCCAGCAUCUGCACAGCCCCGCCCACUGCAAAGAGGAGCCCAGUGACGAGCACAGACAGUGGGAAGGUCGAGACCUGGAGGAAGGGGUGGUGAAGGUACAGAAGGUGGAGGGGUUGGCAGGAAGCAGAACGGUGUUCCGUCAGGGGAAACAGGUGGUGUUCAGAGACGAGGACGGAUCAGGAGAAGAUGAAGACAUAAUGGUUGACUCAGACGAUGACUCGUGGGACCUGGUAACGUGUUUCUGCAUGAAGCCCUUCGCAGGCCGGGCAAUGAUCGAGUGUAACAAGUGCAACACCUGGAUCCACCUGUCGUGCGCCAAGAUCCGGAAGAGCCACGUGCCAGAGACAUAUGUGUGCCAGAGCUGCCGAGAGUCUGACGGAAAUCCAGACACGCGCCGCUCCCACCGCUCACGAGUAGGCCCACGCAAGCAUCUGCUGGACUGACCCCCUCCCAGGCCAAUCUCUGAACUCUGACCCCUUCCUUUCCUGCCCCCUCAAACCAAACACCUGCUGGACUGACCCCUUCCUUGAAUUCAGGUCUUGCACCCUUCAGUCUCUGUCCUUCACGGUCAGCCACAUUUUCUAUGAACACUCUGGUGGACCUAUCCCAAGCCUUGAUCCCAUUUGUAAACAGUUGGAGUGCUAUUUUAGAUUUCCUAAGGUUUGUCUCUGCUUCCCUACAGACUCUGUGCGUAAGGCAAUCACUGAAUGGAUGUCUGUCUGUAGAUGACUUUAGCAUAGCAGCAAACCGCUACCGACUAAGGACUUUGUGUCUUGUGAACACUGGAACAAUUGAACUGCCAUAUGUAGAGAGAAUAACCCUAACAACUGCCACCCCCUAUGGUGCAUGCUGGGAUUUAUGGGAAAGACAGUUUGCACUUUUUUCCCCCCUAAAGUUUUAAAACAAACAUCCAUUUGACCUUUUUGUCACAUGGCCUCUAGGCAUUCUGUCUUUCAGUAUAAACUGGAUCUGCUUUUUGAUUCAAUGCCUCUUGUUAUUGUUACAUAAUUUACCGUUUUAAUUGAGAAAUCAAGAUUAGCCUUGUGUUUCUUGCUUCAGAUGGUGCUAUAGUAUAACGCUGAGGUAUUAUCCAAUAGAACAAAGAUGUAGGAAAGAGAGUACGGUCUGCAUCUGCUUCUUCUAUUUCCUGUUUUGUUAUUUAAAAAAGUCGUGGAGGAAUAUCAUUGUGGCGUCGAGCCUGUAUAGUGGAAACAAGCGCUUGUUCUUCUCUUCCUUCUACUUCACAAACUGUCUUCCAGCCUCGGCUUCUCCUCUGAAUCAAGGUGUUUGCUUGGCCCACACGUGGAGCUUUUAAAGAUUUUUGCCUAUCGAAAACAGUGUUCUUAUUCUGCCAGACUUUUGUUUUAUGAGAUUUUUUUAUUUCUCAGUUAUUUCUCAUAUUGAAAAAGCCAAACAGCCUGAAAGUUUUCAGUCAAGUUGUUUUUAGAGUUGUUCUGACACCAGUAUGAAAGCGGCCUGAUACUGCAUUCUGUGCAGUACGUGUUGUCUGCUAAUACACCAGUCGAUGCACUGAUCUGAUAUCAUUAUUUAUGCCCCAAAUAAAGUCAACUUGUUUCUUCUCUGAAACAGUAGCCUACACUGCAACAAUAUGUAAUAUGCUACCCUGAACAAUGACUGUUUUAGAGCUGCAAAGAAGAACUGGUUUCAGGUAAACUCCUAUUUGAUGAUAGCAAACAACAGUGCAGUGCUAGCAGACGUUGCAUUGACAGUAAGUUCUAGCAAUCUGCCUGCAAUCAGUGUUUUUACACCAAUAAUAUACAUAUGUUUGAUCUCACUUGUUCUCAAGGGGUACUUUGUAUGAAAUAUUUGUAUUGGAAUCAGGAUCUGGAAGGAAACAAAUUGUAUUGAAGCAUCUCUAGUUGUAUUUAGAUUGAGUGUUUUGUUUUGUUUUGUUUUCCAUUGUCUUGUCAGCGUUGCUGCAUUUCAUGACAGGAAUGAACAGCCUUGAAAUAUGAAAUAUUUCUACUUUUUUAAACCGUUUCGUGCUCAUGACUGAGUUUUUCAGAGACAAGCACAUUUACAGAAGGGAACUCGUGGCCGUCCUGUUUCGGUAUCAGCAGAAUAAAAAGCUAUCUUGACUGGAAUAGUGUUGAUCUGGAAGAUUCUCCAGUUUGAAAUGAUGCAUGUGAGUUUGUGUUUGAACGGUUUACACUGUGAGGGUGAACGCAAUGCAUGUGCUGCUAAGAGUUGUCUCAACUAAGCUCCCUGUUUUUUUGUUUUUUUUGGUCUUUUGUUGGAUGAAAAAAAAGGAUUUCUGCAAAGUACCAUGGGAAGUAUUUGGGAAAUUUUUUUUUAGUCUCUGAUGAGUCCGAUUUGGAAGAACAGAUAUCAAUCUCUUCUCACCUCUCACAUUUGACAGCAGUAUUUAGUUUUCUCUGUGUGCAGCAGGUUUGUUGGGAAAAUGUUUUUUAUGGCACAAGAUAAAGAUUUUAAGCUGUUCUUCAUGUGCCAUCUGCUGUUGUUUCUGAUUAUGUAAAAGCCAUACUGUAGAGUGACAUACUUUAGAUUAAGAGCCUUGGAUAUGAGUCCAGGAUGGGAUUUAACAAUACAGAAUCAAUGACUUGGCCAGGGAACCACUAAUACACACACACACACACACUUACACACACACAAUGAAUGUUUGGUUUGUAAAGAACACAAGACUUUUCUGAGAGUUUAAAAUGGUUAAGCUCAUCUCUGCACUCGUCUUCUGGUAUUUACAGAUGUUGGUUGAUACUCAGCAAUCAUCCAAGUUGUGAUGAUUUUAAGACCUAUCAAGACCCCAAAUAACCUCUCAGGACGUUCAUGUCUUGAAGAGAACCUGAAGACGUCUUUGGGAACAAGUGUCUAAUUUUAGUCUGCGUCUUUAAGACAUCGAUGUAAUUAUUGCUAACGAUGCUCAUUGUGAUACAGUUUAUUCUGAUCCUGGGUUGUCCUAUCCCCUUAUUGAGAAAGCGUUGUCUGUUCUGUGGUGCAAACUGUUUCUGUGAAACUAUUGUAAACUAUUGUAAAUAAAGAGUUACCAUUUUAA